UAGUCUACUCUCUCCCUCGAACAUUUUGCGAAUAUCUCUCUCUCUCUCUCUCUCUCUCUCUCUCUCUGCGUGAAAUCAAAAUUUCGAUCAUGGCUUCCCAGCUCCUUCGUCGCGCCCUCGGAAGCCACUCAAACCCUAGCACAGCCUUCGUAGCCGCUAGGGCUUUCUCCUCCGCCACCACUAUCCGCGCCACUCUCUUCCCCGGCGACGGUAUCGGCCCCGAGAUCGCCGAGUCCGUCAAACAGGUAUUUAGAGAAGCUGAUGUUCCAAUUGAAUGGGAAGAACACUAUGUUGGGGACCAAAUAGAUCCUAGGACCCAAAGUUUCCUAACAUGGGAAAGUUUAGAAUCUGUACGGCGAAAUGGGGUUGGGUUGAAAGGACCAAUGGCCACACCAAUUGGAAAAGGUCAUCGUUCUUUGAACCUUACUCUGAGGAAAGAACUUAACUUGUAUGCCAAUGUUCGGCCUUGCUACAGCCUCCCUGGCUAUAAGACUCGGUAUGAUGAUGUAAAUCUUAUCACUAUUCGUGAAAACACGGAAGGGGAGUACAGUGGACUUGAGCAUCAAGUGGUCAGAGGAGUGGUUGAAAGCCUCAAGAUCAUUACUCGUCAGGCCAGUUUGAGGGUGGCUGAAUAUGCUUUCCACUAUGCCAAGACCCAUGGAAGAGAGAGAGUCUCUGCAAUACACAAAGCAAACAUUAUGCAGAAAACUGAUGGUCUUUUCCUAAAGUGCUGUCGUGAGGUUGCUGAGAAGUACCCUGAGAUAAAAUAUGAGGAAGUUGUCAUUGACAAUUGCUGUAUGAUGCUUGUGAAAAAUCCUGCACUUUUUGAUGUAUUGGUGAUGCCUAAUCUCUAUGGUGAUAUUAUCAGUGAUCUUUGUGCUGGGUUGAUUGGGGGAUUGGGCUUAACACCAAGCUGCAAUAUUGGUGAGGGAGGCAUUGCCCUUGCUGAAGCUGUACAUGGUUCAGCACCUGAUAUUGCUGGAAAGAAUUUGGCGAAUCCAACUGCUUUGCUGUUGAGUUCUGUAACAAUGCUGCGCCAUUUGGAGCUCCAUGACAAAGCCACUCGUAUCCAAGAUGCUAUUCUCAACACAAUUGCAGAGGGGAAGUACCGGACUGCUGACCUUGGUGGCUCUUCAUCCACAAGUGAUUUUACUAGGGCAAUUUGUGAUCAUCUUUGAAGAGUUUCAGUAUAGAAUUUGAAUUUUGCAUUGGAGUUGACUACAAUUUAUUUGUUGUGAUGUUCCCAACGGAGUCAUAUUCAGAACAUUUCUCUAGCUCUUUUCUAAGGGGAAUAAGACCACAUCAUCUUGAUGCUUCAAAGACGUCCAUUAUCGCACUAUACAGCUGUGGACAAGUUAUGGGGCAUCCAUGGAAAGUUGAAUAUGGCUUGAUUUUAUGUAUAAACCAGCGUACCUGCUGUCUCAGAUUUAACAUACAUACGACUCUGGUCACAGGGCUCUCUUUCGGACUCCUUUGUGCUUUUCUUCUGGUGGUUUGGUAUUCUUUGUCAAUGCAACUCGAAAUAAAAGCAUCAUGGUGUGGUGUUUUUCCUCCUGUCCUGAUUACCUGUUUGUGGACUUGGACAGGUUCCUUUUUGAUGUAUGGUGCACUCACACUUUCACGGUGACAUUAAGUUCAGUUAAUUUCUGUUACUAAUUAUAUAAGAUAUGUGGUACAGUGGUUUCACAUUA